AUGCUUUUAAAUGGUGUUUUAAUUUCCGUUGGCCUUGCAAUUUUUCCAUUGGUCUACCGAAAAGCGUUGGAGCUUCAAUCGGGCUCGUGUACAGGAGACGAUGCCGCCCCUCUAAUGCUGGAUCAAAGCAUAGAUUUAAUCAAACGUGAUUUAUUUAACCUACCUUUUACUGGUGCUCUCGGUUGGAAACAAGGCGACGAAGAAUCUAAAUGGGCUCAAAAGGCUAUUGAAACACUUGUAAAGAAGCUUAAGAAGCGAAAGGGGGUUGUCGAUAGACUGCAGUACGCACUGUCACAUCCUGGUGAGCCCAGUGAAUGUGUCUCCAUUCCAAGGUCUCUCGACGGUCGCAUUCAAAGUGAAUAUCCAACAGUUAAAGAGGGUCAGGCCACAUCUGCUUUCGAAUUUCCUGACUCUCAAAGCAUCGCUUACCAAGAACCCAGAUACUGGUGUACUGUCGUCUACUAUGAAAUGAACACUCGCGUUGGUGAAGCUUAUUUUGCUUCGUCACCGAGUGUUCUUGUGGAUGGAUUCACUAAUCCGUCAAAGAUUUCUGACAGAUUUUCCCUUGGUAUUCUCUCCAACAUCAAUCGUACCCCUGUUGUGGAGAAUACGCGGAAGCAGAUAGGCAAGGGCAUUCAUCUAUACACGGUGGCAGGAGAUACUUUCAUCGAGUGCCUUUCAGACAGUAGCGUUUUCGUUCAGUCUCGUCUCUGCAACGAGAGCCACGGAUUCCACCCUACAACCGUGGUCAAAAUACCACCAGGCUGCUCACUGAAGGUCUUCUCCAACAGCGAGUUUACUCGUCUGCUUCAUCAAACUGUUUCGCUGGGCGUCGAGGCAGUCUACGACAUUGUCAAGGUCUGUACUCUUCGCCUGAGCUUUGUGAAAGGCUGGGGGGCCGAGUACCAUCGUCAAGAUGUCACUUCGACGCCCUGUUGGGUUGAGAUUCACCUCCGAGGUCCACUGUUUUGGCUUGAUCGAGUUCUGCGUCAAAUGGGUCCUUCGCCAAACCCCGUCUCUUCUGUCUCCUAA